CCCCACUACGGUUUUCCGUCAGAUUUAAAGCUUGCUACCAUCAGCAGGAGGGAUUCUGUUCUUUGGUGUUGACCGUGUGUGGUGGGAUAGUUUGAAAAAAAGAAAAAGAAAAAGUGGUAGAAAGUGACGAAAAUUUUGUGAUUGGAUUUAUUUGUGAAAUUUUUGUUUAAUUGAAAAAAAUGGAGGCUAAUCAGUUUAGGGAGUUCGGGAAGGAGAUGAUUGAUUACGUAGCCAACUACCUCGAGAAUAUAAGAGAUAGGAGAGUGUUGCCAACAGUAGAACCUGGUUAUCUUAGACCUUUAAUACCAGACAAUGCACCCGAUAAACCAGACAAGUGGGAAGAUAUAAUGAAAGACAUAGAACGAGUCAUCAUGCCAGGAGUGACGCAUUGGCAUUCACCCAGAUUUCACGCCUAUUACCCAACAGCAAAUUCUUAUCCUGCAAUAGUUGCAGACAUACUGAGCGGUGCAAUAGCCUGCAUAGGUUUCACUUGGAUUGCAAGUCCGGCAUGCACAGAACUCGAAGUAGUAAUGUUGGAUUGGUUAGGAAAAAUGCUUGGCUUGCCAGAAGUUUUCCUGGCAUGUUCAGGAGGGAAAGGGGGAGGUGUAAUUCAAGGCACUGCUAGUGAAGCCACUUUGGUUGCGCUUCUUGGAGCAAAAGCACGUGCCAUUGACAGAGUCAAGAAAGAGAAACCUGAAAUGAGCGAUACUGAAAUCGUCGGAAAAUUAGUUGGAUACACGUCUAGUCAAAGUCAUUCCUCUGUGGAACGUGCUGGUCUAUUGGGUGGAGUAAAAUUAAGAUCUCUUCAGCCUGACGAUAACAAUAAGUUGUCUGGAGAAACUUUAGAGAAAGCUAUACAGGAAGAUUUGGAAGCAGGGUUAAUACCAUUUUAUGCUGUAGCAACAUUAGGAACAACGUCAUCCUGUACAUUCGACCGAUUGGACGAAAUAGGUCCCGUUUGCAACGAAAAUAAUGUUUGGCUUCAUGUUGACGCGGCAUAUGCUGGAUCUGCUUUUAUUUGUCCAGAGUACAGGUAUCUGAUGAAGGGCAUUGAACGGGCAGAUUCAUUCAACUUCAACCCUCACAAAUGGAUGCUGGUCAACUUCGAUUGCUCGGCCAUGUGGCUCAAAGACCCUUCUUGGUUGGUAAACGCUUUCAACGUAGACCCUCUCUACCUAAAACACGAACAACAAGGAUCGGCCCCAGAUUACCGACAUUGGCAAAUACCAUUGGGUAGGCGAUUCAGAUCGUUAAAACUUUGGUUCGUUCUAAGGUUGUUUGGAAUAGAAAACAUCCAGGCUCAUAUCCGCAAACAGAUCUCCUUAGCUAAAUAUUUUGAAAGUCUUGUAAGAUCGGAUGAAAGAUUUGAAAUUACAGAAGAAGUUAUCAUGGGUUUGGUAUGCUUUAGGUUAAAGUCUUCCAAUGAAAUCAACGAAACACUCUUGAAGAGAAUCAACGGAAGGGGUGUCAUACAUUUAGUUCCUUCGAAAAUUAAAGACGUCUAUUUUCUUAGAGUAGCGGUGUGUUCUAGGAUAACUGAAGAGCCCGAUAUGGAAAUUUCUUGGAAGGAAGUUAAGGAAGCAGCUAACGACGUUUUGUCGAAAACUGCUUAAAUUAAUGUGACCAAUGUUUGAAAACUGAUAAUGAUAUCAACUGAUUUGUUAAUUUAUUCUAUAUGUUUUUGAAGACCAAGUC